AUGUUCCUACUCAUUUCUUUUUAUAUUUCAUUUGCCCUUUAAGAUUGCUUAUAAUAAUAUUUAGAUUGUUUUAAUCAAAAUAAUUGCAUCAUAAAAGAUUGUGAAGCUUAAGUAUUUGUUGAAACAGCAUGGAACUUUUAAAAUAUAACUAUGAAUAAUGUUAUCUUUAAUAUUGGAAAUUAUUAAUCCUCAGUUGAAAAAUUUACAUUAAAAAGCUUAACGAUGAAAAUCUAAUCUUCAUAAUUUCAAUAAAAUAAAGGAGAAAACUUAAUUGAUUUUGUUUUUUAAGGAUAACAAAUAAUACUUGAAAAUAUAGAGUUUGUAUAUUUCGAGAAAGUUAUAAUUAAAGCAGAAACAUUAUAAUUGUGGAAUACUAGAAUGAAUACCAAUAUUUUAAUGAUUUAUUCUGAUUAUGUAAAAUUAGAAAACUCUAUAAUUUAUUGUCAUUUUUAAAAAUGUCUUGGAGCAAAUUGUUUAUGUAAUUAAGGCUAUUGUGAUACAAGUACGAUAGGAGAUGUUAAAUCAUUUUAGAGAAAUCCAUAUAAUUUGAAUGAUAAUUUCACUUUAGGAAUAUCUUCUAAUGAAGUACAUUUAUAAAAUACUUCAUUAUAUGGAAGUAGCAUAGGUUUAUAUGCAGAUAAAUCUAAUAUAACAAUAGAUUAAAAAUCAUUAAUUUAUGCUACAGGUUUAGGAUGCAAAGAAUAAUAAGGAUAUGGUUGUGGAUUCUAUGAUUGGAUGCUUUCAUAUACUUUAAAAUGUGGAUCUUCUGGAGGAAGUCAUGGUGGUUUUGGUGGAAGACCAAAAUCAGAAGUGAAUGAUUUUAAUGGAUAAUGUUAAAAUUUAGUACCAAGAGAAGCAUAUGGGAAUCCAUUUAAUCCAUUAUUUGAAGGUUCUGGUGGAGGUGGAAAUUACUUUGGAGGAUAUGGAGGAGGAGUAAUCUAUUUAUAGAGUGUUAAUAAUAUAAUUAAUGGAAGAAUUGAAGCUAAUGGUGGAUCUUCUUAAAGAGAUGAUUCUAUUAUAUAUGGCGGAGGCUCUGGUGGAUCAAUCUAAUUAAGAGGAAAUCUAUUUGGAAAUGGAAUUGUAUUAGCUGAAGGUGGGUAAGGAUCAAAAAUUAGUGGAUAAGGAAGUGGAGGUAGAAUAUUUUUAGAUGAUCCUAUGAAUCAUAAUUUAAUAAUAAAAACAGGUUUAGAUUCUUCAUAAGGUACAAUUUAUUAUAAUGGAUGUCCUUAAGGUUAUGGAAUAAAUAAAUAAUAAUCUAAAUGUUUUUAAUGUCCAUCAGGAUUUUAUACUUAUUUAUAUAAUGUUGGUGAAUGUAAAAAAUGUAUUAAUUAUGAUGAUGAUGUUUAAACAUAUGAAUUGUCUUUAAGUCCUAUAUGCAAAAUUUCAUCUUGUAAACCUGGAAAAAUUCUUGAUAAAGAACAAUGUGUUGUCUAUAAUUUUGUUAGGUAAUCUGGAGGUGAAAUUGUAUUAUUUGGAAUCACUUUCUUUAUUGGAUUACUUGUCCUUAAUUUUAUUUUAUUCCUUUGUUUAUAAGAACGAACUUCCAAUAAUAAAGUGAACAGUUCUACUAUUAUAUCUUUCACAGAUUUAUAAGAUAAUCCAAAUUUAUAUGAAGCAGCAUCAGAGGAUCCAAAAUUCUUACCUGAAGAUCUUCCAUAUUAUGUUAAAAGACUUUAUGUUUAAGGGAAUAAUACUCCAAAUACUCCAUGGCAUUUACCUCCUUAUACUUAACUAGAUUAAUAUGACAUCAAUUAUAUUGUCUAGAAUAUUAAUUUUAUUGGGAGAUAUACUAGAUUAUAAAGAUUUUCCUUAUUGUUCUUAAAGAUUUGGUAUUUCCCAUUUUAUUUUAUAUUAUUAAAAUAUUUUUAGAAGAAGAAAUCUUUGAAAAUCUUAAGUUUUAUGCAAAAAAAUAAUAAAUUUAAUAUUUAUUGUCUCAAACUAUCAUAUAGUUCAGAUUAUACUUUAGCAUAUAUUGAUGUCUUAAAUUAUAACAAUAAUAUAUUAGAUUGGAAUAAAUCAACUUAAUUUCCAAUCUCUUUAGUUUUAUAAGGAGAUGGAGAUUUCUUAUUUCCUUGGUAAAUCAAUCUCAAAGAUCCCUUAGUUAAAUCAAUGAAAAUGUCAUUUGAAAAAUAAAAAAUUUUCAUGCCAAUUGAUGAUGAUGGAGAGUCAGAUCAAUUACUCUCUGAAAAUGAUGAAGAAGAAAUACGUACCUUUGAUGAAUUCAUUACGAAAUUCAACUUAUUAAUGUUACAGAUAGAUACUAGAAAAGGAAAUGCAGAAUUUAUAAAAAAUUGUUUUUCUUUAUUUGAAUUUGUAGAUGAAAGCAACAGUGAAAUUUUUAAUAAAAAAUAGAUUUUAUUGGAUAUUUGUUUUCACAUAUUAGGAAUCCAAUAAUCAUCUUUAAUUAUUUUGACUACAUAGAAAAUUCUCGAUUUUCAAUAAACUUUGAGAGAACUUCAUUAUAUAGUAAAUUACAAAUCAGAAUAUCAAAUAAAAGUAUCUGUAAAUUUUGAAAAGUAAGACUUUAACAUUAAGAGAUAUUAUGAUAAUCAAAUAGUUAUUAAUACUAUCAAUGAUAUUAAUAAACAAAUAAUGACAUAUUAAAGAUAUGAGGAAGAUAAAGAAGAGUUGAAUAAUCUUAAAAUGUAAAUGCAAAGAAAAAUAGAAGCUGAUGGAAUUCUCACACCAUUAAUUACUUAAAAAUUAGAUGUAGAGGAAGAGGAAGAUAAUAAUUUUUAAAAAACAAAUUAAUGUAAUAUGUUCUGGUUAAAAUUUAAAAGAGUAAUAACAAUAACUUUUGCUUAUUUUCUAAGAUAUAGAGAUUUCAAAAAUGAGAGAGCACUAAAAUCAGUUUUGGUUGUUUUAUGCAUAAUUUAAAUAACUUUUUAUGUGAUUUACUUAUUAGAAUUAAUCGUUGAUGUUUUGGAUCAAACAAUAUUAGAUUAAAAAUAAAUUUAUGACAUGUAGAUUGUUGAAGCAAUAAUAUAAUUAUCUUUAUUUCCAUUUUCAUCAUUAAUAACUGAGAUAGUAUUAGUUGUUUGGGUAAGAUUAUUAGAUAUAAUUUAUAGCUGUUAAAUCCACAAAAAAAGAAUUUCGGUAAAAAUUUUUUAAUCUUUAACUUCUGUUCUACAAUAAAUAACAUGAUUCUGUCAUUGUUUGCUAUAAUAGAAAUAGCUAUAAUAGCAAUAUAGAAUUUGGAGCCAGAAUACUAUUUCUUUGCAUCAAUAAAGUUAAUUCUUUUUUUGAUCCAAAUUGUAUAAGGGUAUUUGGGUACAAAAUUUUUAACACUAUGA